CUCAGUGGGACGGAGACCAUGGCGGCGGCGGCUGCCUGCGGCCAGCCCAGCGCCGCGAUAACGGCCGCAGUUAGCGGCAAAAAACCGCACAGUAACCGGGAACACAGUCGGAGGAACCGGGAGAACUCUCGCCGGAGACAAGCUGCGCUUUUGUUUCUCAGUAACAUCUCGCUGGACGGACGGCCAGUCCAGAGUAAUUCAGCCGAAAAUGUAGGAAGUCGCCAACACAAAGAUACCGACUUGGAGGGAGCCGACUCCGGCUCUGCGGCGGCCGGGUUGUCCCCAGAGCUGGGUAACAAUAGCAGCUACGGGACAUUCUCCAGCUUGGCAGGGUCCCGGAGCUGCGGGAACGUCAAUCCCCCCCUGGCACCGAGGACAGGACUCCUCACCGUACCGCCCAUCCUCGUCCUGCCGUCGGACACGGGGUUCAACGACGUGGGGAGCGCGGAGGUGCUGCUGGAGUGUCGCAGAGGCUCGUUCCCCUCGCCGGGGAACAGUAACCUGCUCUCGCCGUCCCCCUCGAACACCAGCCUGCUGCCGUCGCCGCUGGGACCGCGGAAGUCUUCCACGCUGCUGUCAGUUCAGAGCUGCAACUCGGUGUCCUCGGAGCCGCGGCAGAGGACUCGUAACCUCUCUGGUGGGUCUCCCAGACCUCGACACACCAAGAAGAUCCACUUCAUCAAAAACAUGAAACAGUACGACACGAGAGGAAGCAGGAUCGUGCUGAUCUGUGCUAAGAGAUCUCUGUGUGCUGCCUUCUCUGUUCUGCCCUACGGAGAAAGCUUCUACCUCAGUGACCCCAUGUUAAACCACCCCAGGAGGAGGCACUCGUCUGGUAACAUCUCCACCACCCUGGAGAUGCUGCCGGGGCUGGAGGGCUUUCAUCUGGAGACCUACAGCAGGUCGGUGUCGUACGCCCAGUUCCUGUACCCCACUAACGCCCUGGUGAGGCAGAAGCCAUCGUCGACCAGCGACCUGAUGCUGCAGAUUCCCGUAUCCAGAAGCACACACAGCAUGGCGGGCAGGAGCUGCCCACCCAGCAGACUGAACAGCACUGUGGGACUGGACCUGGGUCUGGACGAUGUCACAGACUACGACCCUAACCUCCUCAGUGACCCCCAGUGGCCUUGUGGGAAACACAAGCGGGUGCUGAUCUUCGCCUCCUACAUGACGACGGUAAUAGAAUACGUCAAACCGUCCGAUCUGAAGAAAGAUAUGAACGAGACGUUUAAGGAGAAGUUUCCUCACAUUAAACUCACUCUCAGCAAGAUUCGCAGUCUGAAGAGAGAGAUGAGGGUCGUCGGGGAGGAUUGCGGCAUGCAGCCCGUCACCAUAGCGAUGGCGUUCGUCUACUUUGAGAAGCUGGUGCUGCAGGGUCGACUCAACAAACAGAACAGGAAGCUGGUGUCAGCUGCUUGCAUCCUAUUGGCUGCUAAGAUCAGCAGUGACCUCAAGAAGCAGGAGGUCAAACACCUCAUUGAUAAGCUGGAGGAGCGUUUCAGGAUCAGCAGGAGGGAGCUGAUAUCGUUUGAGUUCACCAUCCUGGUCGCCCUGGAGAUGGCGCUCUACCUCCCCGAGAGCAAAGUCAUGCCACAUUACAGACGGCUGGUGCAGCAGCAGCAGGUGUAGCAGCGAUCACUCCUCCCUCCAGGGACUCCACACUGUGACGCCUGGCUCAGAGGCACCGAGGGCUCGUCCUCCCGUCAGACACCAAAGCUCGUCCACACCGUGACGGUGGCCCGGCGGCGCCCGGCUCAGCGGUACAGCAACACAGAGCGGUGUCGCCUUCUUUUCCUCCCGCAAACACCAAAGUGAUGACACACUGUGAUGGAGGGUUCAGCAGCACCGCGAGGAUCACUGAGGUCAAAUCCAUCACUCAGUCCUUCGUCUUUCCUGUUUCCUCACCGGCUCCUGAAGAAUCUCUUCAAACAUUUGACAGAUUUAGAUCAUUUUGGUUAAAUUCGAGCUUUUGUAAAGCCAUUUUAGCAGUUUCAGGUCCUUCUUUCUAAAUUCUCUGCAGCCUUCACACGGUUUCCUUUCCGGUUUCACCACUUUCACCACAGCUGCACCCUGAUCAGCUGACCUGUUUUUCCAGGUCUGUCUCUAACCGGGAGUCAGGUGUCCGCAGGAACAUUUAGGAAUAUUUUGUUGUCAUCCUUCCACUGCAGCUCCACAGGGAAGCACAGGGAGGAAGUUUUAUUCUGAAAGGACUGUUGAACUCAUCACUUGCUCUGCAGAAUCAGGAUCUCUUGACAGCCGGUGUGAACAGGAGGAAUCAUCACAGCAGGCGAAACCAGCUUCAGCGAACACGUGGGCAUGUGAGACAGACGUAAAGACGGUAAACUUCUCCUUUAAGUCUGACGCGGCCCUGAACACACCAGCUCCAACACGACAGGAACACGCUGACGUGGCUGUAACCUGAGAUUCUGACACGUUGAGGUCACGUGGUGCUACAGCGACCCUCGUCAGACUGGCGGGGAGUCGUGAGAAGCGACGUGUUUGCAGUCUGAACUUGUUUCAUUCGACAGUUGCAUUUAAAGGCUCACGUACCAAAAAAAAAAAACAAAAAACUGAGGCCUGAUUCUGAUUGUGCAAUGUUGGUUUUAGUGUGUGUAUAAAAACAACUUGCACAGUCUCAAGUUCAUAGAAAUUUAAGGUGGAGGAACUGAAAAAGUGAAUCACAGCACAGCAACAAAGCUGCUGCCAUAAUGUUUCCGGAAGUUUCAGUUUUGUGACGAUACUUUCUCCAGACGUCUGUGAGCUUUUAAUUUUACGUUUAACCUAAAUUUACCUGUUUCUUGUUCUGGAGUUCACGGCCCCUGAGGCUGAAACACUUCGUCUUAGUUUAAUGUGCUGACACUAAACACAAAGUUCUGAGCAUUUGACAAUCGUUGCAUUUAAAAGCUUCUUAAAUCAGCAGUUCUCAGUGGAGCAAACAUGUCGCCGACGUCUUCAUGCUUUUCUACAAAACUUCAAUUCUAAAAUCCAAUUUAAGGUUCAGGCGGCGAGGGGAAACCGCACGGCGGUGACGGCUGUUCUUCCUCGCAUAUCUCGUCCUCUCGCUGGUCUGGUUUCAUGUUCGCACUGCUGUCAUGAAGUGAUGUCAUGUGGUGAUGUCACGUCCUCCGUUGUCGCUGAUGCGUUUUCAAAGCUUCGGCUUGUUUUUCGGAGACGUUCACGCUCACUCGCUCGCUCGUACUUUAAUUUACGGAGGGGAAGGCUGGCGGAGCUGCAGGCUGGAGCUCCGCUGCAGGACUGCGGGUGUCUAAGUGCCUUGUCCGAGGGCGCCGAGUGUAGCUGCUCCUACUCUGUGUCCCUGGAUCCUGGGAUUCAAACCAGCAACUUUAACCUCAGUUCUCUUCUCAAAUCCUCGCCCUCACGUCGCCUCCCUCCUCCUCGCCGGUUGACGAGCGAAUGAGCAGACGGCUGCUCGCUCUGUGCUCACAGAGGAGCAGUGACGCUGUGAUGAUGAUGAGUAACAGACGUCAUCAUCGUCUCUGCUCUUCUUGCGAUCGUGACUAAAUUUGAUGAAAUGCAGCCGGAGUUUCUUUAAAUGUCCCGGAGGUGGAAAUCGUAGCGGUACUUUGUUGCGAUGUGACGUCAGCAUCUGUUCUGAUAAUUGAUUAAUCAUUUCUGUCUCCUCAUUGGCUGCUUUUCUUUGUCUGUGAUACUAAACUAAACAUCUUCCUGACUGCUGGUCGGACAAACGAGCAAUCUGAAUAUGGCCCAAAUGAUUAAGCAAUUAACGAAGUUCUCCGUCAUCACUUUCAUUUUUAUUGAUGGUCCUGAGCUGCAGAACAGCUCACACUCGGCACAGCGAUGGUUUAAAACAGGCCGGUGUCACACUGAGGCUUCUUAAGGCCGACUACAAAGACUUUGUUCACGUUUCUAUCUGUACUGUGAAGGAACAUCAACUACCAAAAAGACCUUUCUGUUCAUGAACUACCUUAGAAAAAGUACUUUUCACUCAAAUCUUAUUUAUUCUGUUUUCACUGUAUUAUAAAGGGACAAAUAUCUGACGGGACAGACGCGUCUGACGGGACGUUUGCGCCUGUUUCUCCUCCAGGCUGCAGCAUGUGGAGGACAGAGGACUGCACAAACACUCCCUGAAGGCCUCGUUGUUUUUGCACUUUGCCUUUUUGCUUCACAAUCCUGAAUCUUUAUUUUAUCAAGUAACGAGGGUAAUAAUAUUUUUCUACAUUAAAUGUGUGAAAUAUGUUGUUGUAUAUUGAAAACUGACAGAGUCACUCAAAUGUAUUUAUUACUAAUAACCGUCCAGGUGAAGAGUCGUGUUUUAAACUGAUGCAGAGCAGCUUCACACCAGAUGAGUUCAAACCAGCUUCAGUUGAUGCUUCGGAUUUAAAACCCGAUUCUUCACGUUGACGCUUCUCAUCAAUGUUCUUCCACUGAUCUUAUUUUCUCUUGUGUGUUAAAGGGAAUUUGUUGUGUUCUGGACUCCAGCUUCACCUGAACGUUGGAGCAGGAGAGAUGAUGGUUCAUGUCGGGUUUGGUUUUGGUUAAUUCACUCAAAAUACUAACUAAAAAAAUAUAUACGUGUCACUCCGUGAGAAGAGGGACAGACCACAGUGGUCCAUUAGCCCAGCGAGCUAAUGGAACACAGUGGUCCAUUAGCUCGCCGGGUUAACGGAACACAGUGGUCCAUUAGCUCGCCGGGCUAACGGAAGACAGUGGUCCAUUAGCUCGCCGGGCUAACGGAACACAGUGG